AUGGCACGGGAGACCGCAUUACGAAACGGACAUGGAUUAACGGCACCGAAUAUCGACUCAUCAUUGCUUCCACAAGUGCAUGUGGGGAAAAUAGCAUCUGGUGACGUGGUAUUGAGAGAUGGCGCUAUACGAGACAAGUUCAUCCAAGAAAACGACGUGGUAGGAUUUGAGAUGGAGGGUGCGGGAGUCUCGUUCACGUUCCCUACAGUUGUUAUCAAAGCCGGCUGCGAUUAUGCUGACAGCCACAAGAAGAAAAAUUGGCAGGAGUGGGCUGCAAUGACUGCUGCAUCUUGUGCUAAGGCUUUCCUAGGUCAACUCCAGAUGGGCAUUGCUCCCAAUGUCAGACACGUCAGUGCUGUUAUAGGCAAGCCUGGUUCAGGGAAAUCUACCCUAAUGCGAUUCAUCGACCGCAACUUGCGUGAACUAUCUCGUGCAUCGGCAACCACUGGAUGGACAGCCAAUGCGCAUAUACUGCAAGCAAGCUGCUACUUUUGGCACGGAGGAUCUCAAGACCAACGCUCGCUUGGCGGUCUGUUGAAGUCUUUAGUUUAUCAGCUCUACCUCCAGUCACCAAAGACACUGUUCCAUGCUGUUAGCGGUCGUCGACGACUCGAUGCGCUUAUGUUGGUCCGACGGAAUCGUACUUUCGAGAGCGAAUUCGGAAGGGGCGUAACAUUCAGCCCGUCCGAGGGCAGUCUCGCUGGACGACAAAAUCCUUGGACGAUUUCAGAGCUGCAGCACUUUCUAGUCACGGCCUUGCAGCGGAAACGAUCUAUGCAGUCUGGUCUGGAAAAAGCAACUAAAUACGUGCUACUAAUCGACGGACUUGAUGAGUACGAUGGAACGGACCUCGAAUGCCAAACAAUGGUCAAGCUGCUCGUCUCUCUUGCUCGUGAGCAUGUCCAAAUUUGUCUAUCAAGCAGGCCGUGGGUUGUGUUUAAAGUGGCUUUUGCUAAAUAUCCUGAACUUCGGCUCGAAGAUCUCACUCGAAAGGACAUUGAAACGUUCGUCAAUGGUAACCUGCAAAGUGAUGAGAAUUUCCAGCAAUUGAAGGUUCUCAAAUCCGACUUGGUCAAAAUUGUCUCUGAUAUGAUUAUCGUCAAAGCCAAUGGAGUCUUUCUAUGGGUCCGCCUAGUUGUCGCUGAUGUACUCAGGCUUGCACGCGAUGGCUGCAAGGUCAAUCAGUUACUGGACAUCCUGAAUUCGGGACCACCAGACCUGGAAGCCCUCUUUACACGAAUAAUAGAGUCUGUCAAUCCUCUUUAUCAUGAAGAAGCAUCGAUUUUUCCCCAAGUAGCACUCUGCAAGCUCGAUUGGAAAUCUGAAGGCAGACUGUUCGAUGGUCCACCAGUGGACCUCUUGCAUUUUUGUGGAGAAGACAUCACUCCCAACUUUGUGAGUGGCUCGAAUUUUCAGCCGAUCAAUCUUAACGACGAGGCUGCUUUUCGUAUGCGACUAGCAAUACUUGACCGACUGCUCACCAGCCGGUGUAUGGGUCUUCUAGAGUGGCACUGCAAUGACGCCUUGAAUCCGUUCGUGCCUCGCCGGGUAGACUUCAUGCACCGAACCGUAAGCGACUAUCUUCUCACCGAGGAGGGGCAAGGAAUUCUCUCUCGAUUCGGCGACGGGCUCUUUGAUGCACAUCUUUUCCGCUGCAAUACUCUUGUUGCCGAUGUUAUCGCACUAUCUCAAUUGCCACUAUCCAAGCUCACCCACCUGACUCGGCUACGUUUGGUUCAUUGUUUCUUUGGCCAAGUCGAGCAACGAGCAAGCAAUGAAGUGAUGUUCGACGCUUUUGAUGUUCUCAUUUCGGCACUUCAACUUGACGAGACGAAAUGGGAAGAACUCAACGCUAAUUUAGACUCGACACACGAGUACUCUUCCACAUUGUUGGUACGUGCAACGACAGCGUGGCAAAAGGAUAAGAGCAAUAUCUUGAGCCUAGCCAUUAUCUUGGGUUGGGAGAAAUAUGUGAUGAAGAGACUUACCACAAGUUUGCUUCGCAGAAAGAUGGGGCGCCCCUUGUUGGAUUACGCCUUGAUCCCGGGGUCGGACAUCGACAUUUCACCAAACGUCAACGUCGUGAAUCACCUGCUACUCACGGGUGCAAAUCCGAACGAGGAAUUCCAAGGGGCAAGCCUCUGGGUGCGCUACUUGAUGAGCUUUCAAGACUUCGGAGUUUGCGACAUGACAGUCAAUUUGGAGACAUUGAUGCUGCUGGGACAACACGGAGCUGCGCGACACGUUUCAGAGUGCGAAGUGCGGUCACUGUUUCGCGAAGAUCUGCUACCAGACGACAGACCGAUAACGCUGCCGGAAGUGCUCAAGCAGUAUCGUGUUCAGCAGCUACCUGGCACGACCGGGAAAUAUUACGACACACUGGAUCUGCUAGAAGCCAUAGGGCGGACAAGACGCUCAGCCUCCGGAUUCCGAUUUGAGGGCAGGGACAGAGACUUGUUUGAGACUUGUUGGCCCAGGACUUCGGUAGAAGCUGGGUCAGCCCGACGUGGAAAGUCCUCCAAAAACAAGGAGAGAUACAAGCGACGCGAUCCAGCAGUCACUAAAAUCUCAAACUGUCCCAUGAAUGUCGACAGGGACUCGGAAUUCAACAUUGGCUAA